UUAACAUGGGGAGCACCAGCAAGGUGCUAAACCUAUGGAACAGAAGACAGAGCCUCUUCCCCAACUACAAAGUCACCGGGCCGGAAGAUGCCCCACAAACUUCUGAGAAUAGCUCCUUGCCGUUCGUCAAGGACUGCUGCAUGAAAGAAUGGAACUCCAUGCAAGAGCUGAGCAGAGACAUCUACGACAUCUACGCCGAAUAUGACGACGAGGAUGACGACGGUAGAGUGUCCUGUGCCGUUUCCAGGCUUUCCUCCCCAGCCAGAAACUACAUGCUCAACAUCAACGUCGGGGGAAAGCCCUAUCAGAUAGCAUACCGGGUGGCUGCCAAGUACCCCAAAACCAGGAUAGGUCGUCUGGCCACCUACACAGACCACAACAAAAAACUUGACCUGUGCGACGACUACACAGUGAAAAACAACGAGUACUUCUUCGACAGAGACCCGGACGUCUUCAACAACAUCUUCACCUUCUACCGAACGGGCGUCCUGUGGAUCAAAGACGAACUGUGCCCCCGCAACUUCCUGGAGGAGAUCAACUACUGGGGGGUGAGAAUCAAGAACACCCACCGCUGCUGCCGGAUCUCCUUCGAGGAGCGCCAGGACGAGCUCAACGAGCAGCUGAAGAUCCAGAGGGAGCUGGAGGCCGAGGUGGAGAUCGAGGAGAACGAGGAGCUCUUCCGGGGCAUGUUCAUGGGCCACGAGCGCCGGAUCAUCUGGAACUUGAUGGAGAAGCCCUUCUCCUCCAUCCCGGCCAAGCUGAUGGCCCUGGCCUCCAGCCUGUUUGUCUUGGUGUCCCUGGUGGCCAUGACCUUGAACACCGUGGAGGAGAUGCAGUUCAAGACCCAUGCGGGUCUCCCCAGCGGAAGAACCUACUUUGAAUACGUGGAGUCGCUCUGCAUUGCCUUCUUCACGAUGGAGUAUCUCCUACGCUUGGCCUCCACUCCGGAUCUCCACACCUUUGGCAGGAGUGUCCUCAACACUGUGGACCUGGUAGCCAUCCUGCCUCAGUACGUGCAGCUGGGUUUGGAGUGCUUUGACAAGCAAGCAGACAUCAAGCACGAGAGCGACAUGAAAGCGGUGGGCCAGGUAGGAAAGCUGGGCCAGGUGCUACGGAUCAUGAGGCUGAUGCGCAUCUUCCGGAUCUUGAAGCUGGCGCGCCACUCCACGGGACUGAGGGCUUUCGGGUUCACCCUGCGCCAGUGUUACCAGCAGGUGGGCUGCUUGUUUCUCUUCAUCGCCAUGGGAAUCUUCAGCUUCUCCGCCAUGGUGUACACGGUGGAGCAUGACGUUCCUCAGACCAACUUCACCAGUAUUCCCCAUGCUUGGUGGUGGGCAGCUGUCAGCAUCUCCACGGUCGGUUACGGGGACGUUUAUCCAGAGACGCUUCUGGGACGCCUCUUUGCUUUCUUCUGCAUCUCUUUUGGGAUCAUCCUCAACGGCCUUCCUAUCUCGAUCCUCUUCAACAAAUUCUCAGACUAUUAUUCAAAGCUCAAGUCCAAUGAGUACACAGCGAACAUGAAGAACAGGGGUAAAAUCAGAUUUUCCAAAAGGAUAGUGAGAAAGAUAACGAUAUGUUGUGGAAACACUCACAGUUGA